UGUGCUUUGCUGCUGUCAGAGUCAGAGAAUCCUACUGAGUCUUCUGUGCCGCAAGCUCCUGUACAACAGUCCAAUGAUGACGUCUGUGCUGUGGUAUUUGGUAUCAGAGCUGGCAUUUUGCACCACAAGCCUAGUUUGUGCUUUUGGAAUCAGCGCCGAGAAGACCUCCUAUUACGCAUUCAAAGGAUCGAGCGUCAUUCUUGACUGCAAGUACACACGUCCCUCUGGCUUCUUCAACUGCUUGGGAGCUGAUUGGGAAUUUCUAGUUCCCAAAGAAGGCGUCAAGAUAUUUUUAUGGAUGGAUGACGGCCAAAUGUAUGUUGAGCACAAACCUUUGAAGGACAGGGUUGAGUUCACUUCCCCCAGCCCUUGUGAUGGAGAUGCUUCCAUAAGGAUCACUGACCUGCGUAUGUCAGACACGGGGAAGUAUGCGUGCAACUUGAGAGAGAAUGCUCGAUAUUUGUGGAAAAACAUGACCCUGACAGUCAUGGAGGAGCUGAGCACACCGGUAUGUGCCGUGCAAGGAGAGCCAGUGGCAGGUAAUGUUGUGACGCUCCAAUGCACAUCCUCACAAGGCACACCCCCGCUGAAGUACAGCUGGACAAAGACGAGCGGAAACCAGAUGUUACCUCCUAACUCCAUCGAGGACACCUCAGGAGGGACCUUGUUGGUCAACAGGCUCUCAGAGGACAACUGUGGAAGUUAUCUCUGCACGGUGGAAAGUCUGGAUGAUAUCAAACACUGUGAGAUCCUACUUGAGUGUCCAUCCUCACCUCCGACCACAAGCGAUGCAACCAAACACAAUGAGGUCCUACCAAUGAGUUUAUGGUCACCAUUAGAGACGAGCAAUGGAAAUCAAGUUGUCAUAGCAGCGGCAGUGACGAUCGUUGUUCUCCUAUCUCUGGCCAUUGUCUUCGCUCUGUCAUUUGGGUCUUGCGCAAAAGAAAUGGUGGUAAGCUUGCUAUAAAAACCGCUGUUUAGUGGCGUCCCCUCUUCCAAGUGGUAUUUCGGUGAGGGACAAGCUGUAUGUAAUGGAGAUUACAUUAUUGUGUACUAAUUAGUACAAUACAACUUCAAAAUGUUGUGUGUGCUGCGUUGAUAGUAUCAUAGCACAGCACACACAAAGAUCGUAACUGCUCAAUACCUGAUGUUUUGUCUUUGUGUGGGGUCAAAAAUAUUUUUUAAUUAAUAAAAUAUUUGUGUAUUUACCAGCUUUAAGGUAGACCAGGAGUGUAAAACGUACGAGAUGAGUUUGCAAAGUAAAAAAAAAUGUAAUGUUUAAAUCAUACUUGCCAACCUUGAGACCUCCGA